UUUCUCACCGUUGGAAACCGUAGCAAAACGUUUUGCAACAAAAAAACAGGGGUUUUAAUUGGACACGUUCUGUAGUCCCUCUCCAUUUUGGUCCGUUUUUCUCCGUUUGUUUUCGACACAACGCAAAGUAUGUAUCUGGGACACACCUAAGGCGGGGUUUGAGCCGGAGGGUCCAUUCGACACGGAAUAGUUGUGGAACAGCUCUUGAUCCGAGUAGCACACAGAUUACUUCAGGGACUCAAAGUAUUGUAAAGUAAGCUAAUUUAGGCAGGUCCAAUGGCGACACAGUGUGUGACAAAGGUGGAGCUGACUGUCUCCUGUGAGAAUCUUCUGGACAAGGACAUUGGCUCCAAGUCUGACCCACUGUGUGUUCUUCUCAUGAACACUACUGGGUCACAGUGGUACGAGGUGGGCCGCACAGAGAAGGUACAGAAUUGCCUUGCGCCAAAGUUUGCCAAGAAGUUCAUCGUCGAUUACUACUUUGAAAUAGUGCAAAAGCUGAAGUUUGGAAUUUACGACAUCGACAAUAAAACUGUUGACCUAAGUGAUGAUGAUUUCCUGGGAGAGCUGGAGUGUACCUUGGGACAGGUGGUGUCUAGUAGAAAGCAUACUAGACCACUGGUGUUGAAGAACAACAGGCCUGCAGGAAGAGGAUCCAUUACAAUAAUUGCUGAAGAAAUAAAAGACAACAGAGUGGUGAAUUUUGAGGCUGAAGCAAGGAAGCUGGACAACAAGGAUUUCUUUGGGAAGUCUGAUCCUUACCUGGAGUUCUACAAGCAGACAGAGACUGGAUGGCAGCUGGCUCACAGAACGGAGGUGGUGAAGAACAACCUGAACCCAACAUGGAAACCCUUCAGGAUCCCCCUGCAGUCUCUGUGUGGAGGAGACAUGGACAAACAUAUAAAGGUGGAGUGCUACGACUAUGACAAUGAUGGAUCUCAUGACCUCAUUGGAAUCUUUGAGACCACCAUGACACGUCUGCAAGAGGCAUCGCGCUCCUCACCGGCUGAGUUUGAGUGUAUCAACAGUAAAAAGCAACAGAAGAAGAAGGGAUACAAAAACUCUGGUGUGGUGAGUGUGAAGCUGUGUCAGGUGGUGAAGGAGUAUACCUUCCUGGACUACAUCAUGGGAGGUUGCCAGAUCAACUUCACUGUGGGUAUUGACUUCACAGGGUCAAACGGUGACCCCAAGUCUCCCCAGUCUCUCCACUACAUCAGUCCACAAGGGGUCAAUGAAUACCUGUCUGCCAUCUGGUCCGUUGGCAUGGUGAUCCAAGACUACGACAGUGACAAAAUGUUCCCUGCCUUUGGCUUUGGAGCACAGAUCCCACCUACCUGGCAGGUUUCUCAUGAGUUCCCUCUCAAUUUCAACCCUGCAAAUCCAUUCUGUGCAGGUAUCGAGGGUGUAGUGGAGGCCUACAGAGUGUGUCUUCCCCAGGUGAAGCUCUACGGUCCCACUAACUUCUCUCCCAUCAUCAACCAUGUAGCCCGCUUCGCUAUGCAGGCUACCCAGCAGAAAACUGCCUCUCAAUACUUUGUCCUCCUGAUCAUAACGGACGGCGUGAUCACGGAUCUGGACCAGACACGCUCCGCCAUCGUUAACGCCUCCCGUCUGCCCAUGUCCAUUAUCAUCAUCGGUGUGGGAGGGGCCGACUUCACUGCCAUGGAGUUCCUGGACGGUGACGACGGGCGGCUCAGAGCGCCAACGGGAGAGACUGCUGCACGGGACAUCGUCCAGUUCGUCCCCUUCAGACAGUUCCAGAACUCUCCUAAAGAAGCUCUGGCCCAGUCUGUGUUGGCUGAAGUCCCUGGUCAGGUGGUCACCUACUUCAACAUGAACAAGCUGAGUCCUCCCAACACUGACACGCCCCCUGCCCCCGUCCCUACACCGCCAGCUACCGCAGACAUGCCCACCCUCACCUCCUAGUGCCCAGGAGAGGAACCAACCCCAGUACCCAGCACCAACCCCUCCCCACCUGACCGAAGACAAAGUACACUGUCGGGAUGAGUAGACAGUCGCUCAUCUCAGUAGCUACCAUAAGCACACUCUGCUAUUUAUCAUUGUGCCAAAGGGAUCAUGACAGGUAUACAAAGCUCUAGCCAUUACUAACUAGCAUGUGUCAGGUUGAAUUGAGCAGGAUGGAAGUUUUGUUGGAGGAAAUUCUACAAAACACUGCAUGUGUACUUACAGCAACCAACAACACAUUGGUUCAGUCUGGCUUGUUCCCAAUCUCCGUCAGCAGGCCAGUCCCAGAAGCAUGUGUACAUAUACCCAUAUGCACAGUGUCUAGUGAAAGUCUACACAUCCCUUGCACAGAUGUCACAUUUUGCUGCCUUACAAUUUAAUCUCUUUUUAGAUUUAGUUUUAUUUCUUCCUACGAUAUGUAUUGCGAUUUGAUGUUGCAAACAUAUUGCUCACUAUAUGUCUGCUGAACGCAUGAUACAUCUUUUGUUUGUUAAUCAGUCAUGGAAAGGAAAGUUAGCUUUACAAUUUAAAAAGAUGGAGAACAAGCUAUAUAGGAUGAAAAAUACAGGCGUUUUGGCGCAGGUACAGCCGACUAGCCAAACAAUUGUAAUAAUUUUUUUUACAAAUCAAUACUUGUCAAAGUAUCGAUAUAAUAUCGUCCAAAAUAAUAUUACGACAUGUAACUAUCAAUUACUGCCCCAUCACUACUUUAAUUGCUGCCAAAGGUGCUUCCACCAAGUAUUAACUCUGGGGUGUAAAAGAUGUAAAUUUUUUGCAAUUCAUUUUGACAAUUUUCUUUACUUCAUUCAAUUUGAAAAUGUGGAGCAGGCUGUUUAGAUCAGUAUGAAAAAACAUCUAAUGAAAUCCCUUUUUAAAGAUGUAAAAUGUGACAGCUGUGGAAGGGGCGUGUAGACUCACUAGGCAAUGUAUAUAUCCUUUUUAAGUAGCCUAAUGCUUCUUAGUUGCUCUUAUUUUAUACUGUUUUGCCAUUUUUAGUAGACCCUUAAGCAUAAUUGCUCCUGUAAGUUGCUCUGGAUAAGUGCCUUGCUCAACGACAUAUUUUUCACCUAGUCAGCUCGGGAUUCGAACCAGUAACCUUAGUUACUGGCCCAACGCUCUUAACCGCUAGGCUACCUGCCACCCUAUUUCACUAUAAACCUUGCUUCAUCAGAGUUUUUUUAUAGUUUGGUACAUUUGUAUAUUUUUACUAAGUUUAAUGCUUAGUAUAGAUUAGUUAUGAAGCUGUGAGUAGCAUUAUAUCUUCAGUAAUUAUCCAGUCCUCAAAUUAAUUUUGAGGUAAAUUUUGUUUAUUCAAACAGGCUAAAUUCAUGCUUCUUUUUAAGUGAUGGUUUUUAAACUGACGGCUUAGCAAAUUGGAUAUUGUGUUGUGAAUGCAGCUUUUGAGUGAAUGACAUUCAUAGUGUAUUAAUCGUUCCACUCCAGAAUAAGGAUGAUUUCUGGAUGUUUGUUUAUUGAGUCGCUAUAGAGCGCUCGCUUUUCUUUCUCUUGUGCCAAUUAUGCUUGCAGAGCCACUUUAUGGACUAGCUUGCAGAGUUCCUAUUCCAUUAGAGCAUAAAUAAUUGAAUUCAAUUAUGACCAUAUUCAUUAUGUAAAUGUCAGCUUUAGCUCAGAGUAUACAUUUUGUGUUAAUAUAGGUAAUAUUGAUAAACAAUUUACUUUAUUUAACCUUUCCUUCCCCACUGACAAUUGAUCAGGUUUAAACUGGAUUAGUUAUUUUGUCAUUCAUAAUUGUUUAUGGGUUCCUAAAAAUUGAAGGCCUUAUAUUAUAAAUACUACUACAGUAUAGUAAGUAACACAAUCAAAUGGUUCUUUCUGCUCUUCCAUGUUAUGUCAAUGCCCUAUAUUAUAUACUGGGUGGUUCGAGCCCUGAUUAGCUUAAAGCAGUGGUAUAUCAGACGGAAUACCAUGGGUAUGACAAAAAAAGUACUUUUACUGAUCUAACUAGUUUCGUAACCAGUUGCAUCGUGUAUAAGAGCAGCCUGUAGCCAUAUACCACACCCACUCUGGCCUUACUGCUUAAGUAUACUCAUGUGUGCCUUGUGCCAUUAAAGCUGUUUUCCCCCCCAAAGGAAUUGAGCAUAUUUCUGAUUAUAUGAUGAUCAUGAUUAUAUGAUGAUCACAAGUAAACGUUGUUUAUCUA